CCCAGGGCGAAGCACUGGGGCCGGCGGCCUUGGCCCAGAAGCCCGUUAGGAUCGCGAGCUUUGGAACUCGAAAGGGCGAGCGCCUCAGCACCUCCCCUCGCCCGCCGCCCGCGGAUCCCGGCCGCAGGCUGCCCUCACCACCGAGAGGAGCGCCUAGAGUCGACGGGCCCGCCGCUCCGCUCCUCCCAGCCUCCUCUAUCCCGGAAGUUGACGCCGCGCUCCCGGUCGCGUGCUGCUCGCUAGGGGUGUCGCCUUAGAGAUCUGCACGGGCUGGGCUUGCGAAAGGAUCAACAUGCCUUUGGCUAGAGAUUUACUGCAUCCUUCCUUGGAAGAGGAAAAGAAAAAACAUAAAAAGAAACGGCUGGUUCAAAGUCCAAAUUCUUAUUUUAUGGAUGUAAAAUGUCCAGGCUGCUACAAGAUUACCACGGUUUUCAGCCAUGCUCAGACAGUGGUGCUUUGUGUAGGUUGUUCAACCGUGUUGUGCCAGCCGACGGGAGGAAAGGCCAGACUCACAGAAGGGUGUUCAUUUAGAAGAAAGCAACACUAAUGAUCCCCACAACUUCCUGAAUUUGUGUUCUAUCGCAGAAAGCCUUAUCAGUUCAGUAAUUCCAGUUAAUCUACCAAGAUAAUGUAAUUAUGUUUAAUUUUGUAAGGUAUACAACAGCACUCUCCUAUUUUGCUGUCAGUUUUUCAAUAAAGUUUUGACUAUGGGC